AUGGCUCCCAUCGCUCUCUCGCCCGAGCGUGCUGCCCCGCAUAUUGACUCUCUCGCAAUAAAUUUCGAUGACACCAUUCGCUUCUACUUGAACGGCACCCGUGUUGUGCUGGACGAGGUCGAUCCCGAGGUCACCCUGCUGGAAUAUCUCAGGGGCAUCGGACUCACCGGGACCAAGCUCGGCUGUUCAGAAGGCGGUUGUGGUGCCUGCACCGUAGUGGUGAGCCAGUACAACCCAACCACCAAGGCCAUUUACCAUGCCAGUGUCAAUGCCUGCCUCGCUCCACUAGCGAGCGUCGACGGCAAGCAUGUCAUCACAGUUGAGGGUAUCGGGAAUGUCAAGUCCCCCCAUCCGGCCCAAGAACGCAUCGCCAGGGGCAAUGGGUCCCAGUGUGGAUUCUGUACGCCUGGCAUAGUAAUGAGCCUUUACGCCCUGCUGCGUAACAAUGAUGCUCCAACCGACGAGGAUAUUGAGGAGGCAUUCGACGGCAAUCUGUGUCGAUGCACCGGGUACCGACCCAUUCUCGACUCGGCCAAGACCUUCAGUGCGACCGCUGGUUGUGGGAAGGCUAAGGCCAACGGUGGGAGCGGCUGCUGCAUGGACAAUGUGAACGGUGACGGUGCUGGUGCUGGGUGCUGUAAGAGCAAGAGCAACGGCCUGAACGAGGACGAUCAACCGAUCAAGAGGUUCACCCCGCCAGGCUUCAUCGAAUACAAACCCGACACCGAGUUGAUCUUCCCGCCAACUCUCAAGAAGCACGAAUUUAGGCCUCUUGUGUUCGGAAACAAGCGCAAGAAGUGGUAUCGACCAGUCACGCUGGACCAGUUGCUUCAAAUCAAAAGUGCCUAUCCGGCCGCCAAAAUCAUCGGCGGAAGCACCGAGACGCAAAUCGAAAUCAAGUUCAAAGCCAUGCAAUAUCCGGUCUCGGUCUAUGUUGGAGACGUUGCUGAGCUGAGGCAGUAUUCCUUCAAGGAUGACUACGUUGAGAUCGGGGGCAACGUCAUCCUCACGGAUUUGGAGAGAAUAUGUCAAGAUGCCAUAGCUCACUACGGCAAGGACAGGGCUCAAGUGUUUGAUGCGAUGUACAAACAGCUCAAAUACUUCGCAGGUCGCCAGAUUCGCAACGUUGGCACCCCAGCAGGCAACCUUGCCACCGCUUCUCCCAUCUCUGACCUCAACCCAGUCUUCAUGGCAUCCGAUGCGGUCUUAUUUGCAAAGUCUGCUGAACGGACAACAGAAAUACCCAUGUCCGGAUUCUUCAAGGGCUACAGGCGGACAGCCCUUGCGCCGGAGGAUAUCCUGGCGUCGAUUCGCAUUCCGCUCACCGUAUCGGGACGCGAGUUCUUUAGAGCCUACAAGCAGGCCAAGAGGAAAGAUGAUGACAUUGCCAUAGUGACUGGUGCUUUGCGAGUCAAGCUCGACGAAAAGGGCGUCGUGGAGCAAGCCAACCUUUGCUUCGGCGGUAUGGCGGCAUGGACGACAGCUGCCAAACAGGCGAACGACUUCUUGGUUGGCAAGACAUUCGCAGAGCUUGAAACUCUUGAAGGGGCCAUGAACGCACUUGAGAAAGACUUCAAUUUGCAGUUCAGUGUACCGGGUGGCAUGGCUUCUUACAGGAAGGUACUGGCAAUGAGCUUCUUCUACCGAUUCUACCACGAAGUGAUGCUCGGUCUGGGUGAUAUCAAGCACACUGACGAGCAGGCGGUGGAGGAACUCGAGCGAGACAUCUCAACCGGUGAGACAGAUGGCACUGCCGCUUUGGCCUAUCAACAGACGAUUGUAGGCAAGGCCAAUCCUCACCUCGCCGCAUUAAAACAGACGACAGGUGAAGCGCAAUACACGGAUGACAUCCCGAAACUUGCGAACGAGCUUUCCGGCUGCCUUGUCCUGUCGACCAAGGCACACGCGAAAAUCAAAUCGGUUGACUACUCCGCUGCAUUAGACAUCCCAGGCGUAGUGGAUUAUAUUGACCAUAAAGAUAUGCCAAACAAGGAGGCGAAUCAUUGGGGCGCACCGCAUUUCGAGGAGGUAUUUUUGGCCGAGGAUGAGAUUUUCACCGCUGGCCAGCCUAUCGCUUUGAUUCUAGCAACCUCGCAGCAGAAGGCAGCGGAGGGUGCAAGAGCGGUCAAAGUUGAAUAUGAGGAGCUCCCCGCCAUCUUCACCAUGGAGGAGGCAAUCGAAAAGAACAGCCUCUUCAACUUCUUCAGAGAAAUCAAGAAGGGAGACACAGAGGAGGCCUUCAAGAACAGCGAUUACACCUUCAGUGGUGUCGCUCGGAUGGGCGGACAGGAACAUUUCUACCUCGAGACAAAUGCAUGUGUCGCAAUACCAAAACCGGAGGAUGGCGAGAUGGAAAUCUGGUCGAGCUCGCAGAACUGCAACGAAUCCCAAGCAUACGCAUCCAGAGUCCUGGAGGUCCAGGCCAACAAGGUUGUCGUCAAGGUAAAACGUCUUGGUGGCGGCUUUGGUGGCAAGGAGACACGCUGUAUCCAACUGAGCACAAUUCUCGCUCUCGCGGCUCAAAAAACGCGCAGACCAGUUCGAUGUAUGCUGACGCGCGAGGAGGACAUGGUCACGUCCGGUCAGCGCCAUCCCUUCCUGGGAAGAUGGAAAGUAGGCGUCAACAAAGACGGCAAGAUCCAAGCUCUCGACCUGGACAUUUUCAAUAACGGCGGCUGGAGCUGGGACUUGUCAGCGGCUGUGUGUGAGCGCGCUAUGACGCACUCGGACAAUUGCUACCUGAUCCCGAAUUUCCACGGGCUUUUUAUUGCCGAGUCCUACAUGAGCGAGGUUGCUGAUCGACUGGACAUACCCGUCGAGAGGCUCCGGGAAAUAAACAUGUACAAAACCGAGGAGGAGACUCAUUUCAACCAAAAGCUAACGGAUUGGCACGUACCACUUAUGUACAAGCAAGUCCAGGACGAAGUGCAGUAUGCGAAGAAAAGGGAAGAAAUCUCGAAGUUCAACGAGAGUCACAAGUGGCGCAAGCGAGGCCUAGCCAUCAUCCCCACGAAAUUCGGCAUCUCCUUCACUGCUCUCUGGUUUAACCAGGCUGGUGCCCUGGUGCACAUCUACCACGAUGGGUCUGUCCUAGUGGCACACGGUGGCACGGAAAUGGGCCAGGGUCUUCACACGAAGAUGACUAUGAUUGCGGCGGAAGCUCUCAAAGUCCCUCUGGAUAACGUCUUCAUCUCUGAGACAGCAACCAACACGGUAGCCAACGCGAGUGCCACAGCGGCAUCAGCUUCAUCUGAUCUCAACGGCUACGCGAUAUACAAUGCGUGUGAACAGCUCAACGAGCGCCUUGCCCCGUACCGGGAGAAGCUUGGCCCAGACGCAACGAUGAAGGAACUCGCCCAUGCGGCAUAUUUCGACCGCGGAAAGAUGUACUUCUACUUCACGCAGGGCGUCGCAGCCGCCGAGGAGGUGGAGAUUGACACGCUCACGGGGACAUGGACUUGCCUGCGUGCAGACGUCAAGAUGGACGUGGGGCGGUCGAUCAACCCGUCCAUCGACUACGGUCAGAUCCAGGGUGCAUUCGUACAGGGCAUGGGGCUGUUCACGAUGGAGGAGUCUCUGUGGCUGCGCAACGGGCCGCAGGCGGGCAAUCUGUUCACCCGGGGCCCUGGCGCGUACAAGAUCCCCGGAUUCCGCGACGUGCCACAAGUGUUCAACGUCAGCUUGCUGAAGGACGUGGAGUGGCAGGACCUGAGGACCAUCCAACGUAGCCGCGGCGUGGGCGAGCCGCCGCUUUUCAUGGGCAGUGCGGUAUUCUUUGCCAUCCGCGACGGGCUCAAGGCUGCGCGGAGGCAGUAUGGGGUGCAGGCGAGGACGGUCGCCGAGGGAGCGGCCGAUGUUGACCCGAGGGAUGACGGGCUGCUGAGGCUGGAGAGCCCGGCGACGUCAGAAAGGAUCCGGCUGGCGUGUGUGGAUCCCAUCAUGGAGAGGGCGAGAGUGUUGCCCAAGGAAGGGGAGAAGAGCUUCUUCAUUGCUAUCUGA